UCCGACCUUUGGUCGUAUAAAGAUGGUUUCUUGAAAUUUCAGCCAUCUUCUCUAAAAUGCUUAAAAAGUCAGCGCCGCACUUCUUUCACCUCUUCGCCGCCCAUAAGAUCCCUUGCGGAGCUCUCAACGAAGUCAACGCCGCUCCUUUGUUCCUCCAUCUGUCAUCUCCUCCCCUGCUCAUUUUCUUUUCGAUCCAUGUCCUCUUUGUGGUGGCCGGGAGACGAAGAUGAUGACGACGACGGCUGGGAUUUGCACGCGGUGGUGAGAAGCUGCGGGCGGACAAACUCCUUCGCCGUGAUUCCACCUCCUCCUCCAUGGGAAUCUGUCAUAUUUCAGUCAGCAGAUGCUCUGCUUCCCUCCCACCACGCAGAUCUGAUAAACACGAGCAACUCUGUUCAAGAGCUGGAGGAGCUCUGCAGGCCUUUCAUUUCUACAGCUCAGGAGCCGAAAUUCAACCUUGCUCCGGUGACCGUUGCGCCGCGCUCACAGUUGCCCCGCUCGAGAAGAAGGAAGAAUCAGCAGAAGCGAAGGGUUUGCCAAGUUCUGGCCGAUGGUCUCUCCGGCGACCUUUGGUCAUGGCGGAAAUACGGCCAGAAACCCAUAAAGGGGUCUCCUUUUCCACGGGGAUAUUACCGCUGCAGCAGCUCGAAGGGGUGUUUAGCUCGGAAGCAAGUGGAGCGUAGCAGGACUGAUCAGGGAAUGUUUGUAAUAACUUACACCGGCGAGCACAACCACCCACUUCCCACCCACCGCAACUCUCUCGCCGGAAGUACGCGGCAGAAAUUUCAGGCCGGAGGAACGGAGGUAGGCGGUGGGAUUCCGCCGGAACCGUCGACCUCUGCGGGAGAAGGAAGUGUUCGUCUUUCUCCGAACACACCACUGACGGCUGGCAUGGAGGAGGAGCUUUUGCGGCCGCGAAAGAAGAAGAAGGAAGUUAGGACGGAGGAGGAGGAGGAGGUGGAGGAAGAAGAUGAAGAUUUGGAUAUGCUUUUGGUGGAGGACAUGGAAGUUGUUGGAGAGGAUGAGGUUCUGUUCACUGGGUUUGAGGAGUUGCAGAGCUCCUCUUCGCCGGCCGUCCAUGGGAUUUUCGACUGGGAUGGCGAAUCUCAGCGAACAAGAACGCUGCUGUGGCGGCCGGCCGGCGAUGGCUGAUUAGCUUAGAGUUGAAUGGAUAUUGGUGCCAAUGGUUUUGUUGAUAAUGAUUAUUUGUAUUUCGUUAUGAGGUAUUUGGUUGUUGAAGAAGUCUUCUAUUGAUGUUUUGGACUCAAUAGCUCAUCUCCGCUAGCUCAACUCUACCAAGUCUAUAUCAAUUUCAUCCAUCAAGCACCAAUUAAGUGAUAGCUUGUAAAAUUUACAUUCAUAUCAUAGU